CUUUUCUCAGCGCUCAUCAGAAUGAAUCGGGACGUAUGACUGCGUGACUGAUAUUCUUUUAACGACUUUAUAGAGAUCGCAGUUCAAAAUUCCAUUUAAAUUCAAGAAAAAAACCUGUCGGAUGAACAGAUUUAAAAGAUUUGACUUUUGAACGUACGAAUGUCUGUGGGAAGACAAACAGAGCUGUGAGCGCCCUCUGUCUGCGUGUUCGGUCACUACAGCAGCAGCACUGACGUGACAUCACAUCACUUCACAUCACAUCAGACCUUCACCGAACCGAACCGACACACAUCAGAAAUCAUGUCUGACGACGAGAAGCUGCCGUCCGGCUGGGAGAAGAGGAUGAGCCGGAGUUCCGGUAGGGUGUAUUACUUCAAUCACAUCACUAAUGCCAGUCAGUGGGAGAGGCCGAGCGCGUCGGCUGCCGAUGGAGUCGGUGAGGUGGAGAAGGUUCGCUGCUCUCAUCUGCUGGUGAAACACAGGGAGUCUCGCCGGCCGUCCUCCUGGAGAGAGGAGAACAUCACACGCCCUAAAGAGGAGGCCCUGGAGCUCAUUCACAAUUACAUUGAACAGAUCAAAUCUGGUCAGGAGGACUUUGAGAGGUUAGCAUCUCAGUUCAGUGACUGCAGCUCAGCGCGUAACGGAGGAGAUCUGGGCGUGUUCGGACGAGGUCAGAUGCAGAAGCCGUUUGAAGAAGCCUCGUUCGCACUGAAGGUUGGAGAUAUGAGCGGUCCUGUCUUCACUGACUCUGGGGUUCACAUCAUCCUGAGGACAGGAUAAACACACACACACACACACACACACACACACACACACACACUCAUUCCUGAAGAACGUCCUGCCUGAAACUCAAACCUGCACGAUACAAACACUGAUCUGAUCUUCCUUACUGUCCCUCACUGUAUGAACCCUGCAUCUGUUCCCAGCAUUCCUUCAUCGGGUCAUCAGUCUCUUCCAUCAGCAUAUGUCACCAUAUAACCAAUAAAAACGAUGGUAUCACUAAA